AGUUUUUCUUGAUUCUCUUCGCCGUGGCUUCGGCGGGAAUGUCUGCUCAACGGGAUGACGUCUCCGCAGGAAGACGGGCCUACUCGUUUGGUGGGAAUUUGGGUUUCUACGGAAGGAAUUCCAACGAGGAGGUUUCUUAAUAAAUGCCUUGUAAGCUGUUAGACUCCUUUUAUAAUUGGAUAAUGUGACGGUUCAAUCAUUAGCUUUUGCCAAGUGCCAUGACCAAACAACACAACAAUGCAGAAGCAAACAACGAGCCCUGCAUGAAAAACCCUGUCAAUUUUAGAAGUAAAAUCUAAUAAUGCACGUUGCUGUAAACUGUAUUUAGAUUAAAGACGACCUGACAACGGCGACCGCCCCGCCUCCGGUUCGGCCGGCGGUUUCACCCUGGGCCGUUAGCGUUGGAGAUAGAAACAUCGUAUUUCUUGCUCUGUGGUUUCUGCCUGCCGGUGGGUGAAUCCAUCAGCAGCCUGACAAAUUCCCAUUCAGCCACAGCCGCCUCACAGGUCGGUUCCUAGUUUCAGCUCCGUCGCCCGCGGCCCCAGUAAACGGACGAGUUUUCACUGAGCCAGCAGGACUUCACUUGAAACGGCUGGAUGGCACGACGCUGCUGUCGCUUGAGAAGCAUCUUGAUCUGCGUGUGUACGCCAUGCUGCUGCCUGACCCUGCUCUACAGCUACGCCAUUGUCACCAUUUAUCUGCACAUGAGUUCAUUGGUGUUGAGACGCAUCGCCAUGGUUUCCCCAAAUCUGGCGAGCCCCCAUUUUAUAGCCGCAGGUGCUUCGAGCAACGACAGCAGUCCCUCCGUCCCUAAAACCUUCUGGGAACAACAUCUGCGAUGCGUUGCCUUGUGGAACCAGCUCCAACGGCACGUCGACCGCCGUUUCAACCCCAUCAUGCGCAAGGAAAAGUUCGACACGUUGUUGGAACGAAGUAGCUCUGACGAGUCUCUGCUGCACCAAAGCUACUUUGAAGUUACCGCCAUGGCCAGCGUGAGGGAGAAUUUUAAGAGACUGCCACAGCAGGUACGAGAAUUUGCAAGCAGCAUGCACAAGAGGAACUACCCUAUCCUCAUCCAACCAGAUGGAGAGUGUGGAGCUCAGUCAGAGCAGGAGAAGGAGCCUCCGCUGAUUCUUUUUGCCAUCAAGUCAACGGCGCUAAACUUCAGGAACCGACGGGUCAUUCGACAGACUUGGGGUCGGGUCGGAUGGGUGGAGGGACAGAGGAUCAACAGAAGCGACGGAGAUGUGGGCGGAGGAUACAUCCGAAGGGUAUUCUUACUGGGAAAAGAAACCCCAGAAGACCUGGGUGUAGACAUGUCCCGUUUACUAAGAGCAGAAAGUAAGCGUCACGGAGACAUUCUGCAGUGGGAUUUCAAAGACACGUUUUUCAACCUGACUUUGAAGGACGUGCUCUUCUGGAGCUGGUUCUCACGCCACUGCGGUAAGCCUCUCUUUGUCUUGAAGGGAGAUGAUGACGUCUUUGUCAACACCCCAAAGCUGAUCAGCUACCUCCAGGAUCAGCUAGAAAAGCACAGAUCCCGCAACACCCUGCAUGAGUUCAUGGUCGGCGAGGUGAUAGGGUCUGCUUUGCCCAACCGAGUGAGGAGAUCAAAGUAUUUUAUCCCAGAGGGCUUCUACAGGGGGCUCUACCCCAUGUACGCGGGGGGUGGAGGGGUGGUGUACUCUGGGGAGUUGACUAGACGCCUGCACAACAUCUCUAAAACAGUCCACCUGUUUCCUAUUGAUGACGUCUACGUCGGAAUGUGCAUGAUGCGGCUCAACGCCCAUCCCGUCCACCACCCGGCUUUCCUCACCUUCGACUUCACCGAGAAGGAAGAGGCACAGCCGUGUUCGUACCACACCAUCCUUCUGGUCCACAAGCGAAGCCCCAGAGAAGUAGUCGAGUUGUGGGCCGACCUGAAAGACACGAGGGAACAAUGUCAGGAUGUACCUCUGAGGGCGGUCGAGAAGAAAGCAACACCGCCACCGAGUGUUUAAGCGCAGCUCUGGACUCUCAUCUGAAAAAACUAUACUAAAAACGGUUCUGAUCAACUGUGA